AUGACGAAAAUAACAGAUGCAGCAACGAGACAGGCAGUUCAAAGUGCCUAUGACGCCGUUAGAGCAACUGUUGUGGAAAGUCAAGAAAAAGAGUUACAACAGACCAAAACAGACCUAGUAAAUGCUUUCUUAAGAACGAAAAGUCAGGUAGGACAUUAUGCUGCAGAUGGAACAUAUGUGCCAGCUGGUGGAACUUAUAUACCACCAAACCCUCCAAGAGAAGCACCUGCACCAGGACUACCUAAAACAUUUACAUCGUCACAUGGACAUAGACACAAGCAUGCACCAAAACCAACACAACAACAACAACCAGCACAACAACCACCUCCACAACCAGCACAACAACCAGCACAGCAACCAACAGUUCAAAACCCUGCACAACAACAACCACAAACAGAGCAAGGACAUAAAAGAAGUAGAGAACAAGGAAACCAAGAAUUCUUAAAAAUGCUUAAAGAAGAGUGUGGUUUCCCAGAUACUGUUGACUUUAGUGACAGAUAUAAAGAAGCUAUUGGAAAGUUCAAGGAUGGAAAUACUGACCCGAACCUAUUUAGCUUUAUGGCUCAGCACCAAAACGGAUAUAAUCUCAAACCUGGAAAAUACAAGCUCGCUAAGGGAUAUGAUUUAAUAGCAUAUCAUCCAAAUGACAUGAAUGAAUUUACUCCGAGAUAUUUGAUGUCAGAGCUAAAUGACAAUUCAACUUUCGUCAUGAAACGCGUAAAAAAUAGAGACGGAACGAAAGAACAAAAGCUUAUGAAUGCGGAUGACGUAGAUAGGGAAAUUGUUAAAAACGGUCUCGGAAUAUAUGAAAUGCCAGCAGAUGAGGUACAAGAAACUCCACAGGAAGAACUAGUUCAGAUACAACCAGACAUGGAAGAAAUAGUUCAGCAACAACAGCUAGAAGAGCCUGAAGGAAACGAACAAGUCACUCCUUUGGAAACUAACUUCACAGAACUAGAUGAAGAUUUGGAACAGCCGAAAAAUCUUGACCCUCAACAAGAGUAUGCGGAGAAUAUGGAAUAUUUCCAAGAGUCUAAAAAAAAUUCGGCUGACAUAGUAGAAGAAUAUCGAAAAAUGUUUGCCGACAUACAAAAGACUCCAACACCAGAUGAAAAUAUUCAGCAUAGAAUGGAAGCACUGAAAGAAAAUGUACACAAAUACAACAACCCUUUUUACUUACGAGCAUUUAACGUUCAAUCUUCGGAUGAACUCGGUGAAAAUAAAAGGUUAAAUUUCAAGAAAACAUAUAGAAAUGAAACAUUGUUUAAAGUUCAUUCAGAACCUAACCAAGAUGGAAACAAACCUACUUUUGUUUCUGCAGACGAUGGAACUACAAUGAGAUGGGGUCAUAAAGCUAAUCCAGAUAGGUGGUUCAUAAACUUACAACCACAAUUCCAAGAAGUUGUAGACGCAAUGGAAGUCAAUGGUGAACCAGAUAUAGCUGGUAUUUUCAGCGCGGCUUUAAUGCCAUUGAAAGAUAUGAAACAUGCAGAUAUUUUGGACCAGUAUGAAAUGAACAUGGCUGAUGGAAAUAUAACACCUGACGUUCUAGAACAUUUAUCUCAAAGAACUACACAGAACCAUAGAGAUGGUAUAUUUGGUGAAGAGUUUAGAAAGAAAGUUAGGGAGGGAGAAGGAAGAGAACCUAUUGUACAUGACCUUGCAAAUGAAAGUUUACAAAAUGUCAUAAAAACUUACUUUGCAGACAAUGAACCGAGAAGGGAUGAAUAUUUAAGAAAACUCAAAUGGACAGUACCAAAUGAAAUGUUAGUAUUGAAAAACAUGUUCCUUGACAAAAUAAAACCAACUACAGAAAUAAACGACGCAAGACUGAAAGAUUGGGUAGAAGCUUUCCCAUUCACAAAAGAUAUAGUUGGUAACAUGGAAAGAAAACCAGAAUGGCUACAA